ACGCAUCAUUUGGCAACCCAUCGCAGUUCCUCUCCAGCGAAGCUAAGCUACAUCCCCACUGCGUUUCCCAUCACUGCUGGAUAGAGCACUUGAACCCUCGGAUCACCACGCAAAAAAAUAACGCGGGGGAAUAUAUCAACAUCUCAGUGUUUUUCAGGGGUGUAACAGAGGAGGGAAGGUGCACUCAGGAUGGUCACCAUUCCAGAGUUUUACGAGGGGAAAAAUGUUCUCAUCACAGGGGCUACAGGCUUUAUGGGGAAAGUACUUCUGGAGAAGCUGCUACGCUCUUGUCCCGGUGUCAAAGCUGCCUAUGUGCUCGUCCGGCCCAAAGCGGGACAGGCACCUGAUGCCCGUAUUGCUGACAUGAUCAACUGCAAGCUUUUUGACAGACUGCGAGAGGAGCAGCCCGAUUUCGCAGAGAAGAUCGUGGCGGUCAACAGCGACCUGACGCAGCCAGAUCUGGACCUGAGCACAGAAGACCAGGAGACCCUCACGGGCUGCAUUAACAUAGUGUUUCACUGCGCCGCCACUAUCCGCUUCAACGAGCCUCUAAAAGAUGCCAUGCAGUUGAAUGUGCUGGCCACGCAGAAGAUGGUUAACUUGGCUCACAGAAUGAAGCAUUUGGAGGUGUUUAUCCACGUGUCCACAGCCUACGCCCACUGUGACCGAGAGCUCAUUGAAGAGGUGGUCUAUCCACCACCUGUCGAUUACAGGAAGCUCAUAGACACACUUGAGUGGAUGGACGACAAGCUUGUCUCCUUAAUGACACCAAAGCUGUUAGGUGAGCGGCCUAACACAUACACGUACACUAAAGCCUUGGCAGAGCAACUCGUUCAGCAGGAGUGUGGAAACCUCAACGUCGCCAUCAUCAGGCCCUCUAUCGUAGGAGCCAGCUGGAAAGAGCCGUUCCCCGGCUGGAUUGAUAAUUUCAACGGGCCGAGUGGGAUAUUCAUCGCUGCAGGGAAGGGGAUUCUACGAACAAUGAGGGCUUCAAAUAACGCUGUCGCUGACCUGGUGCCAGUCGAUGUGGUCAUAAACACCACUUUGGCUGCUGCCUGGUAUUCCGGUUCCCAGAGACAUGCCAGACCGAGGAGUAUGUUGGUGUACAACUGCACGACGGGCGGGAUCAACCCUUUUCACUGGGGUGAAGUUGAGUACUGCAUAAACAUGACGUUCAAGACCAACCCCUUAGAACAGGCUUUCAGACGCCCCAAUGUUAACCUGCGAUCCAAUCCUUUUACCAAUCAGUACUGGACCACAGUGAGUCACACCCUUCCUGCCCUGCUGUAUGACGGGUUUCUCAUGUUGACGGGUCAGAAGCCCCGGAUGAUGAAGACAAUCACUCGGUUGCACAAGGCCAUGAUGGUGCUGGAGUACUUCACGAGCCACUCGUGGGUGUGGAACACGGACAACGUCACCAUGCUCAUGAACCAGAUGGGAUCUGAGGACAAGAAGGUAUUUAACAUUGAUGUCAGGCAGUUACACUGGGCUGAAUAUAUGGAGAAUUACUGCAUGGGCACUAAGAAGUAUGUUCUCAACGAAGAGUUGUCAGGACUCCCAGCGGCACGCAAACACUUGAACAAGCUGCGGAACAUUCGCUACACUUUCAACACCAUCUUGGUAGUCUUAAUCUGGCGCAUUUUCAUCGCCCGUUCACAGAUGGCCAGAAACAUCUGGUACUUCGUCGUCAGCUUGUGCUUCAAGUUCCUCUCCUAUUUCAGAGCCUCCAGCACCAUGAGAUACUGAAUCCACCCCGCCUGUCCUAUCCCACCCCUCUCUCCCUCUCUCCCGACGGCUAUGCACACAUUUCUGCUUCGCGACACUCCAGACGCUGAGGGUCAAGUGUACGGGCGUAGUAUCCGCUAUCCUCCCCUCCCGCACAAAUGCGCCCUCAACAUCACAGGGUGCAAGUGCACUCAACUGCUAUGUAGAAAGCAUGAAUUUUCAGGGCUCGGGGUCUAAGAAGCUCUCUCAGCACAACGAGAGCGACCGCGUUCGUGCAGAGCGCGUUUGAGCACUUACUGUACCCGUUCCACCUCCAGUGGGCGACUCUUGAUUAUUAUGGUUUACAUACCUGCUCGUACUUGUUGGCGGCAUUGGCUCCUUUCCAACUGUAAUCAACGAAGCACAAGGAGGAGAAGACAAAAUUAGAGAUGGCUUUGUCUCAGCUCUGUGCCUACUAUUGAAAAAUUACCUUCGUCAUGUGCCCGAUGUCUUUGUUCGAUUCAUGUCUUCUGCCUUACUUCUUUCUCGUACCUCUCACCAUCUUCGAGACAAAAGUUAUUGACGCGUCACCAAAUAAUAAGCGACUUGAGUGCGAUUCCAGACCCUUUGUUUGUCUUCAGUCAAUACCAAAAUGUCAGAAAUACAUUUUAUGUACUACUUGAUGUCUCUUUGGGUUUUUGUGAAAGGAAUCAACCGCUUUUAGUCAGUAAUUUCUCUGAUAUAAAUAAACAUGCUAGUUUUCCUUAGAAAUUUCCUCAGUUUGUUCACCUGCUUAAACCUGUUGCCUUCUAUGAAUUAUUAAGCUUAUUAAUAAACACGAGUAAACGGCUUUGCGUCAACGGUUCCUAAAGCCGUUGACGUUUGACUAACGUAACAUUACAAAUUCGUUCAGCUCGUGUUUUAUAAAUAAAGCGCGAUGAUUGUUCAUUGCCAUAACUUAUUAGUGUUCAGGUAAUGACUUUUGUACAUAAAACAUGUUAUAUUUGCGUAAAGCUGUCUGAGGAAACCGAAUGUCUGCUUUCAAAACCUAACGUCAGUCUUUACGUUCGCUUCGAGUCGUCAUAUCCGAGAAAGGCAAUGAUUCGUUUUAACUGGAUUGAGUGUUUUCUUUCCCUUUUUCAACCGAAUUAUUUUUGUGAACUGUUUGAAUGUUAAAGUAAUGUGAAAGAGCUGAUGUAUGUUUUCUAAAUCAUUCUAUUUAGGUAAAUCACUGUAUUGUCUGCUACUAAGUAUUUUCCAUGUUUGAAAUAAAUAGGAAGUGAUUGUUUAUGACGCGAAAUGACAAGUGAAAUGAAGAGAUGUAAA